GGAACACCUGCCAAGUAUAAAUCGGAAGAGCCAGGAUGACGAAGCGCACAAGGGGCAACACACGUUGUCCGUCGAGCAUUACUUUCCGUGGUUGCUGGCGAUGCUCAAGAACAGCCGGAUGUACGCAUCCGAGCAGUUCUUGACAAUUAAGAUAAUGUUCUUAACGGGAUUAUCGGUUUUCUUUAUUGUAUUGAUAUUUGUGAAUCUAAUAGCGGAAAUUGGAAUAAUUAUAGUAGGUGUGGAUGCAAAUCAGUUUGCUGAUGUUGUCAGUAUAAUCGCUACACAUGUCGUGGGCUCAAUAAAAUGGAUAUAUUGUACAACAAACAACAGAAAGCUUUUUGGUAUCACGCAGAAAUUGGAAAGAUGUCAUGUGCUUUGCCAACGUGUUGAUAGUACUGUGGAAGGCACGUAAGCUACUCAUUGUUAUCCAUAUAUCUCUUUGUAUGUAAUUUUAGAUUUAUUCUAUAAAACAACUCUUGUAGUUCAUGUAUUACCGAUUUGAGAAUAUCGAAAGAGAUUAUGGUUAUUGUUUACGACCUAACAUGUAUGACUAGUCAUGAUUUAAAAUUGGGAUAUUUUCAAGUUGUAGUUUUUAACAAUUCCAUCGGAGAUGCAAUAAGCUUUCUGAUAUAACGCAUAAAGUUUUUUUUUCCGUGUUUCAUUAAUAUUUAGUUUUGUGUGAUCAAGAUUACAAGAACGACAAUUUUUUAGAACAAGAAGCUUAUAAGAAUGAAGUUGAAUGUGCACGGCGGCACUGCAACAUCUUCUUCUUAUGGUGGUCAUGCAUGUGUAACUUCACAGUUCUUCAGUGGUGUGUCGCCCCGUUACUAUCAGGAACUUACAAGAUAUACUUGAUCAAUGAUACAUUUACAGACAGAGAUUUGCCUUAUAUCGCAUGGUUUCCGUUAGAUACUCAGAAUAUUUUUAAUUAUAUUUUGCUGUAUAUGGUAGAGGCAGUCGGAAUGUUGUCUUGUAUAGUUGCAAUUUAUUGUUUCGAUUCAUUUUAUGUUUCAAUGUUGAUUAUCACCUCUGCACAACUUCGAUACAUCAAUAGGACACUAACUAAAACUCAUCUCCUUGAGAACAAACGAGCGUCAGAGGCUGUAUGCAUGCUCAGGAAAAAAUUAAGAAAUUGUGUCGAUUGCCAUGUGGAAAUCAUAGAAUUUUUAAACAAGUUGCAAACUUUUGCCAGUCCAAUAAUGUUCAUUCAAUGCAUCGAAACAACAAUUGUUGUUUGUUUCCUCUCAUUUGAAGCAUCAGCGAUUAAACUUACGAUGGACGAAGAAAAUUUGCUUGUAUUGAUUAAUCUAUUGCUAUACUUCAUAGCCAUCUCUGUUCAAUUGGGGUUCUUCUGUUUCUUCGCUACUCAAAUUACACAUUUGACAUCGCUAAUUCCCAUUUCGAUACAUUCCUGCGGAUGGGAGGUUGCGAUUUUCGACCAAAAGGAGGAAUCGAAUACCAAUAAACAAUUUAAGUCCAGUGAUAUCCAUAUAUUAGCACAAAUGAUAAUAGUUCAAGCACAGAAGCCGAUUAUUUUGACCGGUGGUCCGUUUUACGUACUUUCAAUGGAAACUUUCAGAGCCGUUAUUACUUUGGCAUUGUCAAACUCUAUAAUGCUGCGGCAACUCUCUGAUAAAGAGGAAGGAUAAGAGCCAGCAGCUGCUAGUUGUAUCGUUAUUAUAUCGUUAUUAAGUAGAAAAAUUGUUUUUAAUCUAAACCAUUGUUAUAUAUGUUAACUGAUAUAAUAGCUAAAGUUAAGCUAUGUUUAGUAUGUGAUACUCGUUACAGAAUAAUAUAUUCUACAAUGUUCUAAAAUUUUCAUUGUCAUGUUACAAAAAAUUCUUAUUUACAAAAAAAUAUGGCAAUUAAAAAAAAUAAUUCCUUUUUAUAGAAAAUUUGGAUAAUAGGUCAGUACGAUUAAAUGUUACUAUACUUAGCAGUUGUCGUAUUAAACUGGUAAAUCUGUUGAUUGUUAACAGAAAACUUGUCAACCUACUUUUAUUUAUACUUACCUAAUAAGACGUUAACCGGCAGAUAAUUCGCACAUUUCAAGCGCAUGCAAAUACAGCGAUACACUGAUUACGUUAAUUGCGAGUU